AUGGCGGCGCUGGCCUUUACCAGGAAUUCUAUCCUACCUACCAAUCCUCUCUUUACUUUAUUCAGGAUCCCCGUCUUCAAACCUCUCUUUCCGCCAAAUCUUCUGCCUGCAUUUCUCACCACACCCCACCCGUUCACCUGGCGCAUACCUUCCCUCCUGGAACUAUUUCCCUCAAUAGUACUCGCCGUGCCAAAGAAAAAGACGUCUCAUUCGCGCAAGGCAAUGCGUGCUGCGAACAAGGGUUUGAAGGACAAGCACAGUGCGUUGUCCGAACUUUUUCACGCGUCUCCGUUGCCUAAUGAACGAUCAGAUAUCGUUAACUGUCCUGGAUGUGGGACACCGAAGCUCGCACAUCACUUGUGUUCGAAAUGCUAUUCUUUUCUGAGUCGGACGUGGAAAAACAAACUGCGAGGCAUGCCUGAUCUGUCAUGA